GUGGGAUUCGUCAACCUGGUUGGCUACUGUCUUUCAAGCUUCCCCCUUUUUGUCAUCCUCUCACAAUCCUUUGCCAAGUAAACAAACACCCCCGCCAUCUUCUUAGCAAGGUCAUGUCAUAAGAAAUGACAACUACGUCAAGGUCAAAACUUAUCGGGCUUUGCCUAAGCGCAGUCCAACAGAUUAUUCAAGAAUGCGCCUACAUUGCUGACGACGAACCUGCCUUUUCAUCAUCGUCUCCAUCACCUCACCAGAAUGCUGGCUCACCAAAGCCUCCAUCCAACGUCCAAACUUUGGGAAGCAUCCGGCUCUGCGGGCUGGAAGGCUGCAAAGAACCAUUAGUCGAACUCUUAUGCCGACAAGCGUCGAGGAUCCUGCAGCUCUAUGAAACCAGUUCAGGCGAUGCCAUUCCCAGCGAUUAUGCCAGUCUCCAAUCCGGGGCAGAACGCGAAAAGGCAAUUUCACUGGUAAAAAGAAGACUCGAACUGUUGACAAAAACAGCAUAUGGCAAGUUCUAUGCGUACAUGUAUAAGGAGGUGCCGGCCUGCUGGCGACAGCUUUACACGGAUGCGGCGAUCUUGAGGUUUGCGGUUUUAGUUUUGCUUGAGUUUGACUUUGAAGCUGAUGCGGGAUAUAAGGAGGACGCUGACGAGAAGAGGAAGGAGGAAAGGAUGAAAAGGAAGAGGAUUGUUGAUGAAAUGGUCAAGACGCUGGAUCUGAGUUUGAUAUUAGCUGGGGCUGCGGGCCAAAGCCGCGGCAGGAAGUGGGUUGAUGAAGCUUUUGCGUUGUUGGAGGAUGUUCUGGGGGAUAUGACAGCUGUGACCACAGCUGCUGCUGGUGAAGCAAAGAAGGGUAAUGAUGAUGAGCAGGAAGGCGAAAGACCACAAAAGAAGCAACGUCUCUCAUCGUCUCCCAACACCAAAGACGAAGUGAUCAAGGGAAUCAACGACAGCUGGCAAAACACGCCAUCCUUUUCCACCAUUGAACCCUUUACGCCGCCCGUCAAGAACCCGAUCUCAAGGGUUUCUGCCGAGUCCCUCUCCAUUGAGGCAUUUCAGUCACACUUUGCGAAACCUCGCCCAGACGGUAACCCAGGCCCAGCUCCCCUGAUCAUCACAGGUCUGGUAGACCAUUGGCCAGCACUCACCACCCACCCCUGGAACAAGCCAGCCUACCUCUUAUCUCGCACGCUCUCCGGCCGGCGGCUCGUACCCGUCGAAAUCGGCCGCAGCUACGUUGACGAAGGCUGGGGGCAAAAAAUCAUCUCGUUCGGCGAGUUCUUAUCCAAGUACAUUGACGCUUCUAUCCCCUACACUCCCUCAUCUUCCAACGUAUCCCCUUUCCUCUCCUCGUCAUCCUCAGCUCAACCGCAACCAUCAUCCUCCGACCUACUACCCGAAAAAGACAAGACCCAGAUAGCAUACCUAGCGCAGCACCCCCUCUUUCUCCAACUGCCCCGUUUACGACAAGACAUUCUGAUUCCGGAUCUCUGCUACACCGCGCCUCCCUCACACCCCACAGACCCAAGUCAAGAUCAACCGGAACUUGACUCGCCGCAACUCAACGCCUGGUUCGGCCCACCGGGCACGAUCACUCCGUUGCACACGGAUCCGUACCAUAAUUUGCUCGUGCAAGUAGUGGGGAGGAAGUAUGUGCGGUUGUAUGGGCCAGAGCAGACGGGAAGGAUGAGGCCAAGGGGAAAGGAGGGGGGCGUGGAAAUGGGGAAUACGAGUCAGGUUGAUGUUGGGGUUGUUGAAGGGUGGGAUAAGUUGGAGGGAGAAGAUGAGGAGGAGGUAAAGUCAGGAGAUGAAGGGGGCAGAGAGAAUAGUGAAAUGGGUCGGGAUGAGGACUUUAAAAAGGUGCCGUUUGUGGACUGUAUUUUGGAGCCGGGAGAUACCUUAUACAUACCGAUCGGGUGGUGGCACUAUGUGAGGGGGUUGAGUGUUAGCUUCAGUGUUAGUUUCUGGUGGAAUUAGGCAUGGUUAUUUCAUUGAACGGCCGUAUUUAAUUUUUGUCAACAUGAAGUUAUUCCCA